UACCACAAUUGGUGACAUUUUAAAUGGAGGAAAGAGAGAAAAACUGAAAAAAGAUUGUCGUCAUUAGUUGGACGGAAAAAUAAGAAGAAACUAACAAAUUUCGUUUUAUUAAAAAGGAAGUGUAGUGUUCUAGAUACGUAUUAAUCCCAACCAUUAUUUCACCAUGACGGUGACAAAUGGAGAGGGCAGUGACGGAAGUAUUGUGAGACCUCGUUGCUUUUUUGACAUUGCCUUGGGAGACUUGAAUAUAGGCCGCAUAGUUUUCGAGUUGUACAGCGAUGUAGCACCUAAAACCGCGGAGAACUUUCGAGCUUUGUGUACCGGCGAAAAAGGCACGGGCAUAGUAACAGAAAAACCUUUGCACUAUAAAAAUGUCAUCUUUCAUCGUGUGGUCAAAGAUUUUAUGAUACAGUCCGGCGAUUUCUCAGCAGGCAAUGGCACAGGUGGUGAAUCCAUUUACGGCGGAACAUUUGAGGAUGAAAGUUUUGAUUUGAAACAUGAUCGUCCUUUUUUGUUAUCCAUGGCCAAUCGUGGUAAAAAUACCAAUGGCUCACAAUUUUUCAUUACUACACAACCUGCUCCACACUUGGACAAUGUCCAUGUUAUCUUCGGUCAUGUUAUAUCGGGACAAGAUUUAGUUCGCCAAUUAGAAGAUUUGCCUGUAGACCGCAAUUCACGUCCAUUACAAGAUGCUGUUAUAGCCAAUUGUGGGGAAUUGGUUAAGCAAGUUAAAGUUAAGAAAGACAAAAAGAAAAAGAAGCGUGCUGCAUUAUCAGAUGAAGAUAAAUCCAAUAGUGAAUCCGAAGAGGAAAAGCAAAGCAAACGUCGGGACAAAAAGAAAAAGAAGAAACGCUCAAAAUCUGAGGAUCGCGAGAAACCAUCUUCGGAAAAAGAAACCGAAGAAGGAGAGGCCUCUGAUCAAGACGAAGGUGAAAUACAUCCCUUGGUAACAAUCACAAAAAUAGAUCCUUCGGAAAUUCCAGAGGUUUCCAAUAAAUUUUUAUUGCGUGACGAUGGCUCCAAAAGAAAUCACGAAAGAGAGGAACAUGUUGCAAACAUGCGUGAGAAAACGUCUAAAGGUGAGGGACGUAAUGCAUUUGGUUGGUCUAAGAAAAAUGUGCCCACAUCGCGCAGUGGUCGCAUUAUUAAAGGCAGAGGUGUUUUUCGUUUUCGAACACCAUCCCGCUCUCGCUCCCGUAGUAUCACACCUCCCCAUUGGAAGAGGGCUCAGAAUCGUACAAUCAAAAUGUCUGAUUUGGAAAAAAUUGAAGAAGAAAAGAAACUUCGUGAGGAGGAAAUAAAACGCCGUGAAAUUGAGCGUAGAAAAAGGCAUGAAGAAGCAGCGAAGAACCCUAAGAAAUCUUUCUUUGAAUUGUCUCAUGCCAGCUCGUAUGGAGGAAAAGGCUUAGAUGAUGAAUCACCUGACAAGAAGGAUGAUAGUCGUAGACGUCGCGAUGACAAAGAGAGAAAUAAAGAUCGUCCCAAUGAAAGAGAUAAAGACAGAGAAAAGGAAAGGGAUAAGGAUAAGGAUAGGGAACGGGAAAAGGACAGAGAUAAAGACAGAGAAAAAGAAAAGGAUAGAGAUAGGGAUAGAGAUAGAAACAAGGAUAAUGAGAGAUCUCGCACCGUUUCGAAAUCUAACAAAGAUGAAGAUGGUCCUCAACGCAACAAAGAACGUAAGAAAUCCAUGGACUUAAAUGCCUUAGAUUACGAACACCAAGCGGACAGUGAAACCGAAGCUGAUGCUACGGCUGAUACGUCCGAAUCUUCAUCCAAAAGGCCAAAGUCGACUUUGGUUUCAACGAUGAAAGAUCCCUAUAGAAGUAACCAAAAUGAAAGAAAGAGAGAAAGAUCUAUGGACAAAGAGAAGUCUAGACGCGAGAGAGAAAGAGAUAAGGAAAAGGAAAAAGAGCGAGAGAAAGAGAAGGAAAAAGAACGUGAAAGGGAACGGGAGAAAGAGAAAGAACGAGCAAGGGAUAAAGAAAGAGAGAGAGAGAGGGAAAAGGAAAAAGAAAAAGAGAAAGAAAAAGAGAAGGAGAAGGAGAAGGAAAGAGAACGUGAAAGGGAAAAAGAAAAAGAGAGAGAAAAGGAAAAAGAAAAAGAAAAGGAAAGGGAAAAAGAAAAAGAGAAAGAAAAGGAAAGGGAGAAAGAGAGAGCCAAGGAGAGGGAGAAAGAAAAGGACAGCCAUAAACGAAACAGACACAGCUCUCGAUCCCGCUCUCGUUCUCGCUCACGUUCUAAAUCUCGAUCCAAAUCCCGCAGUCGCUCCCGUUCUCGUUCUAGGUCGCGAUCCAAUUCUCGUCGUCGCCGCUCUCCUAUUCGCAACGAUCGACGCCCAAUGCGCCGACAGGGUUUCAAUUCUCCUCAGCGUCGCAAUAACUUUAAUAAAUUUCGAAAUAACCCUUUUAACGAUAGACGACGUCGUUCUCGUUCCCUAGAUCGUUUCCGCAAUCGUUUUCGCCGUCGCGAACGAUCUCGCAGCCGUUCUCGUUCCAGAUCUAGAUCACGCUCCCCUAGUCGCAAUCGUCGCAAUAAUCGAUCUAUGUCCAGAUCACCUAGACGUUCAAAAUCAAAGGAACGGCGUUCAAGACGAUCUGUCGAUCGUCAUUCACCAAAGAAAUCUGAAGAGCCUUCAACUUCAGUCAGCACAUUGAAUGCCAGCACCGAAAUGGCAGCACGUGAAAAACAACAAAAACGAGCUGAAGCUUUGCUUAUGUUCAAGGAGCACAUGCGCAAAGAAAUCGCCAAGGAAGAGGAGAAACGAGCAGAAAAACAACGCAUGGAAGAUCUGGAAAAAGAGAAAACUGCACGAGAACUUGAGCAAUUGGAACGUUUGAAGGAGGAGACACUCAAAAAACUUCAGGAACAUGAAAAGCUUAAGGAACUUGGCGUUCUAGGUGGCUCCGGAGGAGCUGCAAGUUCCUCUAACGAAAACAAUGAGGAAAAGUCUCGCGACAAGAAAAAGAAACGCAAGAAAUCUAAGAAACACUCUCGCUCUUCAGUCUCCGAUGCAGAGUGAAUUGAUUCAAAAGAUUUCGCGCUUGCUGCGCGAACCUCUUUAAAUGUAGCUUCUUAAGUCUUUUAUUUUUUUUUGUUUGUUGUCAUAAAUGAAUGUGUAUUUCUCUGUGAAUGUGUAUUUGGAUUGAUUGAGAAAUUCCCAUGGGAUUAUAUGCUAUUGUAUUCUUUGAAUAUUUGAUUUAUUAACACACAGGACUUGUAUUGAAUAACAAUUGAAUGAAACAAUAAAAUAAUGAAAAUAAUUGAA